AUGCCGUCUAUAGAUGUAAUGGCUCCACCUGGGCAGCCUCUCGAGGUUCCUCCAGAAGAGCCCCCAGCGCCUCCUCCGCCAGUUAUCGGUAUUAUUUAUCCGCCGCCAGAAGUGAGGAAUAUUGUUGACAAGACUGCUAGUUUUGUGGCACGUAAUGGACCGGAGUUUGAAGCUCGUAUUCGUCAAAAUGAACUGGGCAACCCUAAGUUUAAUUUUCUGAACUCUGGUGACCCAUACCAUGCAUAUUACCAGCAUAAAGUUAAGGAGAUAAGAGAAGGAAAAGGACCAGAUCCUUCAGCACCAGCUCCUCCAGGACCUCCAUUACAACGCCCAGGUCUUGCCCCAGCUACUGCAGCUCGACAGCAGGAACUUCUUAAAGCCGCAGCCCCUGCUGAACCCCCACCACCACGUGACCCCCCACCAGAUUUUGAGUUUAUCGCUGACCCACCAUCGAUUUCCGCUUUGGAGUUAGAUAUUGUUAAACUAACAGCACAAUUUGUUGCUCGUAACGGCCGACAGUUUUUAACCGAUUUGAUGAAGAAAGAAGAGCGUAAUCACCAGUUCGAUUUCCUACGACCUCAGCACUCUCUCUUCCAGUACUUCACUCGACUUCUGGAACAGUAUACCAAAGUGCUGCUACCUCCAAAAGAAUUAGUCUCCAAAUUGACUGCAGAAGUAAGGAGCGGUGUUUUGGAACAGGCGCGUAGUCGAGCCGCUUGGCAUUCCCACCAAGCUAGACGCAAAGCAGCAGACGAAGCCCGCAUAGAGAAAGAAAGAUUGGCAUAUGCUUCUAUUGAUUGGCAUGACUUUGUCGUAGUAGAAACUGUUGACUACCCAGCUGGUGAACCUGGUGACUUCCCACCACCCACCACACCUUUAGAAGUCGGCGCAAGAGUUUUGGCGGAGGAAAGGGGAGAAGACAUUACACACGCCAAUGAAGAGGACGAUACAGAGAUGCAAUUGGAAUCAGAAUCGGAAUCUGAGUCGGACGAAGAUUUGGCUGAGAUGGAGGACAGAACUCAGCAGCAACAGAGACCUGACGAUAAUAGAGUACAGGACAUGGAAGAAGACAGUUCUUCUUCGGAAGACGAAACACCACCGGAACCGCCCAAACAGCCUGAAGAGGCGCCACUGCCACCACGUCCAGAUCGGGUGGUGGUCAAGAAAUACGAUCCAAAGCGGGCUCGACCUCAGCCUGCGCCGACUAGUGAAGAAUGGUUGGUCUCUCCAAUCACUGGCGAGAAAAUCCCGGCUAACAAAGUGGCAGACCACGUUCGUAUCGGGUUGCUCGAUCCUCGCUGGUUGGAGCAACGUGACCGGGCUGCGGCGGAACGAACCGAUCGCGAUGAGGCUCUAGCGCCUGGUGCUGCUAUUGAAGCAUCACUUAAGCAGUUGGCUGAGCGUCGUACAGAUAUCUUCGGUGUGGGUGACGAAGAAACGGCCAUCGGUAAAAAAAUUGGCGAGGAGGAACGCCGCCGUGACGAACGUGUCACAUGGGAUGGACAUACGAGUAGCGUUGAGGCCGCCACGCGGGCCGCCAGGGCUCACAUCACACUGGAAGAUCAGAUCCAGCAAAUACACAAAGUCAAAGGUUUACUCCCGGACGAGGAGAAGGAGAAAAUUGGUCCGAAGCCGGUGUCGGCGGCGAGUGCGGCUCGCUCGCAGCCGCGACCGCCUCCGCCGAGCGCGCCGCCCGCGCUGCCCGCGCCCCCCCGCGCCGCGUCCGCCGGCGCCAGUGCUGCUGCAGCCCAUCCCGCCGCUGAUGGUGAUCCCGCCGCUGGCCCCGCGCCCGCCGCUCAUCCCCACGCCGGUGGGGACUCCGUUCGGGUUCGCGCCGGUAGCGCCGCCGCCCGUUCCUGA